AUGAUCGACAAAGUGUCACGAUGGGAACUGAAGGAAGACGAUCUGGUUUUGGAGAGGUUGGUCGGACAGGGAUGUUUCGGAAACGUAGUUUUAGCCCGACUGAACAUUCCUGAUGCAGGACCAGUCAUGGUAGCCGCUAAGUCCGUGUCUGCUGCCCGGUUGGAGCAGGAGGGAGACACCCAGUGGCACCGCGACUUUUACCGGGAAGCCGACAUCCUCAUCACCGUACACGAGCACGCUGAGGUGACGGACGGUGAGGAGCGCACCAACAUUGUCCGGCUGUACGGAGUGAUCACCGAGUCACAACCCAAGCGUAUCGUCCUGGAGUACGCUGCCCAAGGCGACCUCUUGGCUUAUUUGAGGAAGUCACGAGAUAAUCCCAACAUAACGCUGAAGGAUCUAGUGGGCCUGGCCGUCGGUGUGGCACGCGCGCUACAGGAGCUGGAAGUCUUACAAAUCGUGCAUCGCGACGUGGCCGCCAGGAACGUCCUUGUGACGGACGACAAUGUGGCCAAGCUGGCAGACUUCGGUCUAGCCCGUGACGUCUACACGGACACGAUGUACGUGCGUACCCGCCAGGCCGGGCGCGAUGAGCCCCUGCCGUUGAAGUGGAUGUCGCUAGAGGCCCUUCGUGACGGCGAGUACACCUGUCAGAGUGAUGUGUGGUCGUUUGGCGUGCUGCUGUGGGAGAUCGCCACACGUGGAGAGGAGCCACACUAUUCGGACGUGGCACGGCCGUCGUGCCGCCAUCUUGUGUGGGUUCUGAAGGAAGGCGGCAGGCUGGAGAGGCCUGACGGGUGCCCCAUGGAGCUGUACAGGCUCAUGUCAAAGUGCUGGCACGCCAACCCGCACCGUCGGCCCUCUGCCGUCACGAUUGAAGAGAAACUGGUCAAUUUUAACUUGUAAACACCAAUAGAACUGUUCAAGCACUGACAAGAGCAUGUUACAAAAGAGUUACCUUUACAAAUGAAGGAAAUGUGCGUAUUUUUAUGCAGCAUAUACUACGAUAGUGACUCUGUUUAGGAACAUUUUACCAAUAAGAAUAAACUUUUGUCGUAAGAAGACCAUGUUACUUUUUAUAUAUCAAAGCACAGUGAGUUAGGCAUAUAUGACUAGUCGGCCUGAGAACAUAAUGUAACAUCCUUAUAUGAUUUACUUUACACUCUUGACGAAUGAUGUAGUUUUAAUGUAGGGCAGCGUUUUUGGUUAUUUUUGGUAGCAUGUUAUCUUUUCCGAAAAAUUCGAUGGUGUGUAUUUAGCAGUCAGUAAUGCUGAUUUCCAUGAUGUCCAUAAAAGUUAAUUAUGGUGAGAUUUAAAAAUAAAGAUUAAAAGGGACAACCUAAUAGUUUUUCUUCUCCUACACCGUGCAGCUAAAAAUGGCAUCACUAGAUAUUUUGUACCAAUCUGCACAAUACCCACGCUAUCAUUUCCUGCAGUUAUCUUAAGACCAGUGUGCUUAAUUAUCUCAAAGAGCCACGCUCCCCAAUCAAAUAAGGCUGCAG